GAUGAGCGCGCAGAUAAAAAUCAUCACAUUGUUGCGUACACCAGGGAUCAGGAAUAUUUCGUAGAAAAAGGAAGGCCAGCAUCAUGACGGGGAAGGAGGGAGUUGCGCUUUCAGACACCGAGAAUAAACAGAAGACAGCGUCACAGAACAUCCUAAACCUGGGGGGCUCCAAGCUCCAACCUCCGGUCUGGAAGAUGGCCCCAACCGUGCAGCGGCGCACCGGCUUUGGCAUCCAGGAGCUGCUCGGCCUCAACAAGGAGCCUCCGCCGGCCACACCGAGACGACCGCUGGAGACCCUGCCGCACAGAGCGCACGUCCUGGCCGCCAGGUCGGCCCUCGGGCACUCAGGGCUCGGAGUCGGCAUGAGUUUACUGGGCCCGGAGGGUCUGCACACGUUUUACAGUCAACCGUCUUUCCUGGAGGUGCUGUCAGAGGCGCAGAGUGUGCACCUGCAGCCGCUGCACAGGGCGCCGCAGUUGGAUCCCCAGAUGGAGGCGCAGCAUUCCGGUGCCAGCUCCGAUUCAGAUGAUUUGAGCUCCUCCGGUGAUCCGAAAUUCUCCACCUCAUCGAUGAGUCAGAACAAGAAGAGAAAGAAAAGAAGACACAGAACUAUUUUCACAUCCUAUCAGCUGGAGGAGUUGGAGAAAGCCUUUAAUGAAGCUCACUAUCCAGAUGUUUACGCCAGAGAGAUGCUGUCAAUGAAAACUGAGCUGCCAGAAGACAGAAUACAGGUGUGGUUUCAGAACCGCAGAGCCAAGUGGAGAAAGCGGGAGAAGUGUUGGGGUCGCAGCAGCGUGAUGGCAGAGUACGGCCUGUACGGCGCGAUGGUCCGUCACUCCAUCCCCCUGCCCGAGUCCAUCCUCAAGUCCGCAAAGGACGGCGUCUCGGACUCUUAUGCUCCCUGGUUACUAGGUAUGCAUAAGAAGUCUGUUGAUCCUUCACACCCCUCCCAAGGGAAAACCAUGAGCAACACGCCACCAACGCCGCCGCUGCCGCCGCCGCUGCCGCCGCCGCAAGAGAUGACAGGAGACAAAAUGGUGGAGGAAGAGAGGGAGAAACUGAACAAAGACACCGGCGUGUCCUUUUCUAAAGAGGAACUGAGGGAGAGCAGUAUUGCUGCGCUGCGAGCAAAGGCCCUGGAGCACAACGCAAAGAUGCUGGAGACGGUUUCAGACAGAGCAAACGGACACACGACGCAGGCGGAGGAGGCCGAGCAUGAGGGGACCGCACAGCAGGAGAAGAGCAAAUGAAAAAAAAAAAGGCUGCACGGAGCAGAUAUGUGGUGAAAUA